AUGGAUACGUCUGUAUAUUUAACAGCCACCACUGUUGGUAUUGACAAUAAUUUUGCAAAUAAUUCUGCUGAAACUCAACCUAGUAAACGAAGGCGACUAACGCAAGCAUGUGAUGCAUGUCGAAAGAAAAAAGUAAAGUGUAGUGGUGAUAAACCUUCUUGUAAUAAUUGUACGCGUCUUGGAACAACAUGCACAUACCUUCCUAGUACACGUAAAAGGGGCCCAAGGGUUGGUCUUGUGGAAAGUUUGGAGAAACGUCUCCAACAGAUGGAAAAACUUUUACAACCUCUUAAAGAACAAAGAAUUGAUGAUGACGUAGAGGAUAAAAAAUCUGUGAAAAAACCACGGUUAAAUAUAGAUAAUGUUGAACCGAAAUCUGAAAUCCCCAUAAAUAAUUAUACAUCCAAUAAUGCAUCUCAUAAUACCGAUGAUCAGCAAUCACAAUCACAAACGGCGUUUAUUAAUAUUUUCCCCCAACUCGAACAACAAACUACACAUGAACAAUUUUAUAAUGAAGAUAAGUCAGGAAGUAUUGCAAAUGAUGACGAUGAAUCUGAUGAACUUAUAUUCUUUGGAAAAUCAGCCGCAAAACCAGGAUUUCGUAAUAUGAAGGAAUUGUUCGUCCAUUGUAAUAUAGAUUUACCGAUGAUAUGCGAUUCUUCGGAAAAUCAUAAUCAUUCAUCUGCGUCCGAAUCUUCCAACUCAAUGGAUGGCGAUUCAAUAAAUCCUUCAAUAACUGCGGUUAUUCGUAGUAGAAAUGGGUUACCGCCGGUAGAUAUCGUCGAGCAUCUUGCCGCUUGUUUCUUUCGUCAUAUAGAUAUUCAAAUGCCAAUGUUUCAUAAAGCUACUUUUAUGAAACAUUUAAGGCAGAAUAAAGUUGCACCAUUUCUAGUAUUCGCAAUUUGUGCUGUAAGUGCCAGAUAUUCUACGAAUCCAUCUAUCAUUCGGAGACCUCCUUACCUUUCCGGCGAACCUUUUGCGGCUAUUGCAAACGAAUAUUUGUUUGAAACUUUCGAUAAUCCUUCCGUUGAACACGUUCAGGGGUUGUUAUUGCUUUCUGUGCAUAUGUACGGUAUUGGCAAAGGACCUAGAGCAUGGAUGUAUAGUGGAAUGGCAGUAAGGAUGGCACAAGAGUUAGGUCUUCAUAAAGUAGAAGAAGAUACUUCAGAAUCUAAAUCUUCGAAAUCAAGUCCUGAAUAUACGUUCAUUCAAAAAGAAAUUAAACGACGUACAUUUUGGUCAUGUUUUCUACUUGAUAGAUUUUCAGCUUGUGCACUUGGUCGACCAACAUUAAUUGAUGAAGAUGAUUGUGAUGUGAGAUUACCUUGUAAUGAGUCGGUUUGGAAUUUAGAACAUCCUCUUGAAAACCCAUCAAUUGAUGAAUGUCUCAAAGUUGGACAAAUUAAGCAAGAUGUUCGUUUAACUCUUACAAACUUUGGAAUGAGUGCAUCUCUUGUUAGCGUCACAGCUUUACUCGGACGCGUUUGUCAACACGUUAAUAGAUCUAAGCCAUAUGAUGCAUUACCAACUUGGGACCCAAAUUCUCAAUUUACUAUAUUAGAAAAAGAAUUAGAAGAUUGGUACUCCUCAUUAUCGCCUCAUUAUACUUAUACCAGAGAGAGAAUGAGUCAAUUAAUAGCAGAUGGGUUAGGUUCAACAUUUGCUUCGAUUCAUUUACUUUACUAUUCAGCGAUAGUAGUAUUGAAUCGGCCAAAUAUUGCUCCUCUUCAAAAUGAUGAAGUCGCGGAUUGCCACGUAGAAUUUAUGCGCGCGUCAGCAGAAAGAUGUAGUGCAGCAGCAAAGUUUGUUUCCUCCAUAGCAUCAGAUAUUACCCAAUACGGAUGUCAAUUUAUGUGCCCAUUUAUUUUAUAUCCUAUUUUCGCCACCACAACUAUUCAUCUCAAUGACAUUUAUAGUUCAGAUAUCAAAAUCGCAGAAGAAGCUAAAAUGAAUUUAUCUAUCAAUGAAAAUUUCUUGAAAUUAAUGGGUCCUUAUUGGGCAAUGUCUUCCAAGUUACAUUGUAUUGUGAAGGAAAUGAGAAAGGCUCAAUUCGCUCAAUCCGAUAAUCAGAAAUCAAAAGAUUUAACAAAGAAUGUGUUCUUUUUUAAGAGAAAAGGUUCAGAACAAGGAAUGCCUGUUGCGAAUCCAGAUGUAGGACUUAAGACCUAUUGUAAUCGUGUUGAUAAUCAUAAUUCUGUUGCCGAAACCAACCUUGAUAAUAUUUCUUCUAUUAUUUUACCCGAACAAUUAUCAACCCCAUUACGUUGGUAUAAUGAUGCAACUUUUACGGGGGGAGAUUGGCUUCGUUCACCCGAUCCACUUUCACCAAGAGCUUUACGAUUAAGAAAAGACGAAGAUAAUUCAAAUCAAAAUGAUAAUUAUCUCGAAUAUAAUUACAUUCCACAAGAUUUAAAUUUUAAUUUUAAUAAUAUUCAAGCACCACCUGCAUUUAUUUAUGAUGGAUAUUCAAUGCUUGAUAUGCAAUUGGACUGGCCUUCGACUGAAGGUAGAGUAUCUCCAUUAAAUCGUCCUAAACAUUGGACUAAUAUUAAUGAAGAUACACAAAAUGGUUCUUUUAUUUCAUCAGCAAUGGGGGAUAUGAAUCCCCUUCUUAUAUAA